CCACUUACUAACUUAACUCCUAACAGAAUUUGACUCAGCAAGCUUACACGAUUGCUUGCUGUAACUUAUCUAUGCUAACCCCCAAACGACGACGAAUCUAACUAAAUGACUCAACCAAACACUCACGUGACAAACAACAUAUGGUUCUUGUUCUAACAUGCUAAAAGUAGAUGUAUUGUAACGAAAACAAAAGAAAAUGCAUGGGCCUAGGCCAAUACAACAUUCUGAGCCCUGAUCUAAUCCAUCACCAUUCAGUUCACCAGGCAGAUCCUACUUCACGAUGCCACUUAUUUGGGCCGACAACCCGACUAACGAAACAAAGCCCAUCGAGGCCCAAUCCCAUACGGUCCAUUCAUUUUCCAAAAGCUACCGCUCCCCCGCUCCGUUUUACCUCUUUAAAAUUAUUUUUUCCCAUUUCGGGUUUCACAGUCCAACAGCUCUAUCAUCUACGUCGUCGGAUAGAGAAUGUCAUCCAACGGCCAUAAGUGAAAAACGAAUUCGACCGUUGGAACCAAGUCUGUUCAUAAGGCAAGCAAGCGACCUUUCCCCCAAAUCUCCGUAUGUCUCUUUCAUCUCUUGCUCUGAGAUUUGCAGAGAGAAAUCAGUGAGAAAGAGAGAGAAGACGGAGUUCUUGAGCGAAGAAGAAGAUAGAAGAGAGAAGGAAUGGCUUCGAGACCCAUCGUUCCUCAGCAAGUUAGAGGGGGUUUGAACAAGCAUCCAGAACCGCAGAAGAAAACAAUGGCCGCCGGAGGGGAGAACAAGAGCCGGCGAGCUCUAGGCGACAUCGGGAAUCUGGCAGCAGGCAUCGUCCCUGAAAUCCCCGGGAAGCAGAUCGCUCGCCCAGUCACCAGGAGCUUCCGCGCUCAACUUCUCGCCAACGCUCAAGCCGCCGCCGCAGCGGAUAACAACAAGAAGAAAAUCUGCGUCAAUGUCGAUCACAAGAAGAAGGCGCUUGUAGCGACGAAGAGACCAACAGCCGCCGCCGCUGCUGCCGUACCCAAACAGAAGCCGAAGCCGCCAGUCACCAACGAAGAAGUAAUCGUCCUUAGCUCUGAUUCGGAGGCCAAGAGUAACAAGAAGAAGUGUCAAGAAAAGUCGAAGAAGAAGAACAAGAAGCUUCAGACCCUCACUUCCAUCCUCACAACCUCCAGCAAGUUAGCUUGCAAGCCAAAAGAGAAGGAAGUCUUCAACAUCGAUGCACCAGACGCUGGUAACCAUCUCGCCGCCGUCGAAUACGUCGAGGACAUCUACAAAUUCUACAAGCUUGUCGAGAAUGAGAGCCGGCCGAUUUGCUACAUGAAUUCACAGCCGGAGAUCAACACUCGGAUGCGAUCCAUCCUCGUCGACUGGCUCAUCGACGUCCACCAGAAAUUCGAUCUCUCUAGAGAAACCCUGUACCUCACAAUCAACAUCAUCGACCGUUUUCUCUCCGUGCAAACCGUCCAGAGGAAGGAGCUACAGCUAGUCGGAAUCAGCGCCACUCUGAUGGCAUCCAAGUACGAAGAGAUCUGGCCGCCGGAGGUCAACGAACUGGUCAACAUCUCCGACAGAGCCUACUGUGGUCAGCAGAUUCUAGCCAUGGAGAAAACCAUCCUUGCCCACCUCGAAUGGACCCUCACAGUCCCCACCCAGUUCGUCUUUCUCACCCGAUUCGCCAAAGCAGGUGCGGCGGUCUUCGCCGCCGCCACAACUCCGGUGCUUGAUGUGAAGGUGGAGCACAUGGCGAACUACCUGUCGGAGCUCGGCCUGAUGGACUAUGAGUGCUCGGUGAUGUUUCCCCCCUCAAUGGCGGCAGCGGCGGCGGUCUACGUCGCGAGGACGGUGAUGAACCGGGCUCCCGGCUGGACCGAUGUGCUGGAGUUUCACACAGGGUACUCGGAGAAGGAGGUCAGGGAUUGCGGCAGGGUAUUGGUGGAAUUGAUCGGGAAGGUUAAGGAUGGAAAGUUGAAAGCGGUGGCUCACAAGUAUUCCAGCUCGUCGAAGGGAUCUGUCGCUCUGAUCCCAGUACCGUCGCCGGCGGCCAACUCGCUGCCGUGACUUUGAACCGAAUUGCGGAUGGGAAAUUUGGGGGUUAGGGAUUUUGAUCAAUUUCUUGGAUUGAUUGCUUUUGAUUUGCCAAACAGACAGUGUAGGCAUUUGGCAAGUGGUUUUUCCUUUAGGCACUGAAUUGUAGUAGUUUGAUUUCCUACUGAUCAAAUUGUAGUUUGUAAUGGCUGACGAUGAUGAAUUCACGGAUUCAAUAAAUUUGUGGGGCAACACGGAAUUUGUGUUCCUUUUUUUCUUCAAUAAUUUCGUUUCUGUCUUACUGGGCUGACGAUGAAAUAAGAAUUGGGCCUGGAGUUGUGAUUAAGCGAUUGGGCUCGUGACACUUACUGGCAGUUUGGACGGUCCAAUAGUCAAUUUUUGCAUGAAGUAGAGGUUGCAAUUUGCAAACUAAUUGGGGUACAUUCUUUUGUUGUAGGCUAUCAAUUUUAAGCCUAUCCUUUUUGAAGUCAUAUAUCAAAAUGUAGCAUUGCUCCCUUAAGAAGAAUUCGACAACCCUUAAAUCGCUACGAAAUGUAACCAUACAAAGUACUACUAUUUAAUCACUCAUCGUUUAUCUAUAUGAAAUAUUUGUAAAGUGUGAAUAGCAAGUUGAUCUAUUUAAGUUUUCGUAAUUAAAUUUUUUUAUGGUUAGAUGAGGUAUAUGGACCACAAAAAAUGAUGGAGUAUGCAAAGUAAGAGAUUAGCUAGGAGUUAAGUCUCUUUGUUGCUAAGUGAGAUUUUAUAAUAAGUAGAAAGAACCAAGGAGACCAUUCCCCUAACUUUCAUUUAGUUAAUCAUUGGAUUAGUGAUCUAAAUACAACAUUUAGGGGCCGAUUAUUACUAAAUUCUCAUAUGUGUUUUUGUUGUCUCUACUUCACAAGAAAGUAUUGGAAGCAACGGUGGUCAAAAAUAUUCCAUCCUUUAAUUACUUCAAAACGUAUGAUUCAUAGUUUGGAGAAUUCCAUGGAAUUUAAUUACUUCACAAAUGGCAUCGUACAAAAUAGUCAUAUAGUAGAAUAUUGACCAAUUAAAGGACAAUAUCAUCAAUUGUUACAUUCAACUGGCCUUGAGAAGGAUGUAAUGGAGGAGGUGAUCUUUGAUAUUGACAUUGUCAAAUCUUAUAUGGUUGCAUCAGUCGAAGAUUCGUGCAGGAAAAAUAGGAAGGUUACUGAUUUUCUAAUCUUACAUCCCUUCGGUUUUAGGCCCUUUGAUAUGAUGGUUCGAAAAUAUGGAAAAUUUUAUAAUUAGUGGGACUGAUAGUUAGUAUAGUUAAAUGGAGUAGAAAGUCUUUCAUCGAUCAACUGGAGGUUACUAUUUUGUGAUCUAGUUUGUUCUAUGGAUGGAUUACUUACCUUCGCUUCCACGUCCUCUGGAAUAAUGAUUAGAGAUUAUG